AUGCUUGAUCUGUCUGCUGCAUUUGAUGUCAUUGACCAUGGCACACUGUUCAAGCGUCUGGAGUACUCUUAUGGGGUGACUGGUGAUGCAUUACGCUGGACCCAGUCUUACUUGAAUGAACGACGACAGUGUGUUGCCAUUGGAUCAACUGUUUCAGACAGCAAAACCUUAGACUUCGGAGUUCGUCAGGGGUCCGUUCUGGUACAUAGAAAAUACUGUCUUUAUUCGAAACCAAUCGGGGAGAUUUGUCGUCGUCAUAACCUUCAGUACCAUUGUUAUGCCGACGACACACAAAUCUACAUGGUUAUCAGACCUCAAGACAACUGGGACAUAAUAGUAGCAAGUCUUGAAGCCUGUCUAAAUGACAUCAGUGCUUGGAUGAACUCAAAUAUGCUCAAGCUCAAUCAGGAAAAGACAGAACUGAUCGUCUUUUCCCACAAGUGUCAACACACUAAAGGUCUCCACAAAUUUGACAAUGGCAGCUUGGAGUUGAUGGCAUCAGUCUUUUUGCCAAGACAUCUGCAGCAGAAACUAAUUUGCUACACAUACGGUGUUGAGGAUAGGAACAAGGAAUUUGUUGCAGAGUUUGUUAAUGACACCUACAUUGCUAAUAAUGCUGAACGCUAUAUUAGCAUGCCAAAGAGUGCUGUUCAUGAAGGAAUAUGGCACCAGUUUGACGGAGUGGUUUAUGGCAAGCUGGAGUCCUCAUUUUACCACAAGGUCAGAAUGUUUUUGAAACUAGAUGAUCAUGUGAAGAAUAUGAGAAAGGAUGCAGAAAUUAUGUUGAAACACUAUUUUGACCAAUUCCUAGCUGAGUUACAGACACAAAAUUUGCCUCCAGAAGAAUUUAUAGACUUUGUAAAAAGUCUGACAAAGGGCUUCAGCAAUAUAUACCAACUGAAAGGGAAGCUUUGGUAUUCAGCGAAUGAUUUUGAGGUUUUUGCUGGAAAGAUAUUCCAGCAGUCGUCAGUGUCUUUCAUGGAAAGGAUUGCCAGUGGAGGUUCAAAUGUACCAGAUCACUUGAGAUUUGAUAUUGUUAUCUCCCUAGUUCAUAUCAUCCAGUGUUAUAAACCAUUUAGUGAAAAAGAUGAAAAGGAUAUGGAAUUGAUUUGCAAACUGCUGAAGCUUCCAAAUUUGGAGAAAGACAGCAUGACAACUUUGAUAAAAGAUAUUGCAGCUCACUUUCCAAAAUAUCUGAAACAUGUGACAGAAAAUUUACAACUUAUGAACAACUUACUUGCUGGUAAAACUAAGAACACCUGUUGGCUGCUGGUUGUUCCUCUGCUGCACUUUCUGUUGGGAAGGAGUACUCCAUAUCAGCAACCUUCAACAGAAACUGAACAUACUAAACGUGAACCUGUAUGGUGGGGUGUUCAGGAGUACAAAAAAAAAAAUGACUAUUUUGCUGGAAAAUCAUCAUGGAAUAUAGAAUUCAAAGAACUUCUUCAAAUAUUGGAAUCAUUGUUUGAAGUUGACUACCUGUUACCCCGAACUUUGAUGACUGUUAUCAAACUCUGUGACAUGCCUUAUGCAGUGAAGUCAGGACUGUUUUCACUGGAUUUGUGUAUAGCCAAGCUGUAUUACUUCAUGAAAUCAAAAUAUUUGCAAGAAAAAGAGCGUGAGAGCAGACAACAAAUCUUGCAUGACAUGUACCGCCUGUAUACAAUAAGCUACGAUUUGCUGAAACUUUCAAUGGAUAAGCGAUACCUAAUUACAAGUGUCUGUGUAGCCAAAAUUGUACUGCAAGCUCUGGCUGUAUUCGAGGAAAGCAAAGACAUGGGAAAGGAAGAUCAAACAAGGAAAAAUGACUCCCUGGUUGUGUAUGACAAUUUCAGGAAAGACAUUGUAUGCUUUCUUCGCAGUCAGUGUCCAAUGCAUGACAAAUACAAAUGUUACAACAGCUUAAAAGUUUGGAAUCAGAUGUUGGAUGUUGAAAUACCAUCCAAAAUGAUACUUGAAUCAUUCAAGGGGGGAGUGGUAGAAGAAGUGGAGAAGAUUCUUACAACCAAGAGAUCACUAAAUGAUGUCGUUGAGGUUUACGUUGAACAUGUUGAUGAGUUUGGAAGUCACAUUCAAGAUAUUCUGAGUAAAAUAGCAUUUGAGGCAUUGAUGAAAGGAUAUGUAAACAUCAGGUAUAGCUCUCACUCAGGAAAGGAGGAGAAGGCUAGAUAUGCAAGACUUUUGUCUGAUGUAUUUGAGAAACAUUGGAAAGGGUUGACAGAAGAAGAGAUGUUUCAUGAAGCUCUGAAAUGGACUCCAUUUGAACAUUUCAUGGACAUGUUUUAUCUAACUGAGCAAUCCAAGCACCUUAGUGAAGAAAGCGGUAUACAACUUACCCAGGCCACAACUGCUAUUCAGGACAGAAUGGAACAGUUAGAAUCAGGCCAUAUUUUGGUGAAAGAUUUCAGUGUUAUUUGUGCAAAUUUAGAGAAAUUUGACAGACUUAUCACAAUGUCAUCAAUAAAGAAUAAUCUAUCACUGAAACCAGAGUAUAUCAAACAGAUGGUUACCCUGCGACAAAAGGAAUUGAAGUUGUUUCAAGAAACCUAUGACCUUGUGACAGUUUUUUUGGAUAUGUGCUGCAGAAUUCAUGUGAACAUAGAAACUGUAGAGAGACAACUGAGAGAUUUGAAGAACUUUGAAAAAGUGCCAGUGGCAGAGCUAUGUAAACCUGGAGUGUUGACUGAUAUGAUGCAUCCUGAUGAAUACCAGCCAGUGGUGACAGCCUUUGAACUAGCUCAAGAAGAGCUGGAUUUACUUCCACAGAUGAAGCAUUGUUUCCAGAGUCUCAUCUUCACAACCAAAUGGGACUUCACUGGCCAGAAGGUUGUGAAACAGAAAGAAAGGGUUUUGUCGAUUGCAGAAACAUUUGAACAUGUUUGGCAGCCUACUCUAGAUUGGUGGAACUCUGUUGUGGGAAAGAUCAAACAAGGAUCAAUGACAUUCAAGGAAUUCAACAAGCUAUUUGGUAACAUGGAGAAUAAAGAACUGGAAAAAGAGUUCUCUUCAAUGGAGAGAAAUGGAGCAUGGAUAGAGGAACGAAUGAAUCAAAUCCAACUGUUCAGAGAUCUGGAAAACUGUGUAGAAGGAGCCAGGAUUAUAUUGCAGGUGGUAGAAACCUAUAAACUGAAUGGGGACUUUGGGCCUAUAGAGCUUAUCACAUCUGUGAUGACAGGAAGAGACAUAGCCAUGAAGGACCUGGAUGAAUCCCUUAGACAGACCUGUUCAGUCCUUAGUGGAGUACAGGAGAAACAUGUCUUAUGUCUCCAAGAAUUCAUCGACUGUGAACCACUUAUACUGUGGUUAAAGGAAUCGAUGCCUUCUGGUUUGAAGGAACUGAAGGUGUUUGUGGAUUUAGCCACUAUCUCUGCUGGAGAAGGAGAUAUAGAGAUAGCCAAGGUCCAGUGUCUACACUCUGCCACCACAGGAUAUGCUCCACUGAUUUUCAACCUCACUGAUGAUAUAGGCUAUCAAGGCUUCCUGGACAAAUGUAAAUUGGUAUGGAAUGAGCUGGAAGCUGAUCCAAACCUCCACAAGAAGUUGCAUGAUACCAACAGACAAAUUGAGUGGUUGAAGACUGUGAAAAAGGCCCACGGCUCUGUUGAAGUUACCUCCCUUGCACAAACUGAAGCAAUAAACUCUGUUGGAAUUUAUCAAGUGGGGCGAUUAACAGACCAGGAAUGGGAUCAAAAACCUGAGUUGAAAGAUGUGAUCAGUCUACAUGUGUCUGAAGAUGAGAAUGGAGCCAGACAGAGGAAACUUUAUCACUAUGAUCAGCUUCAUGACUUGCAGAGUCGACUUAUGUUAGUAGCUGGCAAGGCAGAGAAGGGCAAGGAUGAUGUGGAUCGCUUUACAUUGAUUUUGGAUUCAGUUGUUCGCCUUGCCAACACUUACAUCAAACUUGUAUCAUCAGGAUGUGUGUUGUUCUCAGAAUGGAAAGCAAGAUUCUUGUGUGACAAAGAUCGAAGGGCUUGCUGUUUUAUAAACUUUGGGAUGGGAGAUAACCGGAAUACCUUAAAAGGACGUAAAGCUACAAACAAUGAUGAUGUGAGCUCUAUCGUACCACGACUUGCUAAAUUCAUGGAGAAGUGCUAUGAGCAGUGGCUACAGUAUAUUGCAGAUAAGAGAGACGAAUACUAUGAACUGAACUAUCUAACCAUUGACCAGAUGGUUAUCCUGCAGAGAGAACUUGUUAAGGUUGGGACCGAGCAGGAGCCCGAUAAUCUCAUCUUUCCACUGCUGUCAAUGAUCAAAAAGGACUGUAGUUUGUCCGACCUUAUCUCUGCAAUGAAGGCUGCACAGAGAGAAGUGGAACAUAUGGAUGAACUUAGAGAUGAAGAAAUGACAGAAACAUCUUCUGAGGGAGAGAUGGAAGAGGUUGAGGAGAAAGAAGUCUUCAUCCGGGAAGUGAUUAAAUCAGGCUACCCAGAGAAACUAGCCAAAAAGGCUCUACUUCAUUUCAAGCCAGAUGAAAUAGAUGAUGCUGUAGUGUGGUGUAUGGACCAUGAUGAUGAGUCCGACACUGAGGAAGCCAUGGAUGUGACAGAGAAUAGAAAUAAUGAACAGCCUGAACUGCCGUCUGAGGAAUUUAAGGGCUGGACAAACACACCUGUGUCUAUCUCAACCGUCACUUCAGAACUUCUAGCUACUUUGGAGCACAUCAAUUUCAGAGAAGUGCGAGUAGACCCACUCAUCAAAGACCUUGAGAAGCUAUGGGAAAGAUUUCUCACUUCUAUUUCCUCAAGUGUGUCCGACUAUCUCAGUGUAGAGCACCUUGGACUGGUCCUCAGAUGUCUUGCAAGCAAAGAAACUUUUGCUGUAAGAAGACACCUUAUCCAAAGUUUUAAGGAGGGUGUACCAAAUUUGAUCAUUUGUCCGCAAAAUGAUAUUCUCAACACAGUGCUGACCAUUUAUAUGAACGAUAGACAGGAACCAUUGCCACAGCCUGAUGAAGUCCUUGUUUGCUCCAGUCAUACAACACUGGACCAGUUGGAUAUAUUCUGGAGACGUGCUGUUUUCAACCAGAGUGAUCAAAUCUACUGUCUUGCUAAUUCUGACCUUCUGGACUACGAGGUCAGUGACAAAGGGGAACAAUGUCUGGAAAAACACAUGCAAAGAGCAAAAGACAAGGGUAUAAAGUACAAGCUGGUAGUCCUGUGUAGCACAGAAAAUGAAUACAAGUCCAGGAUUGUUGCCGCACUGGAGAGAUUUCGCAGACCACAACUUCCUGUAGCCAACCAGCAAUUGAUCAAAAGAUACCUACAAGAGAAAUUGAAAGUAGAUAAAACUCACCUGAAAACUAAUCCAGCAUCUUUUGUGGAUUUUGGACGUUCAACGGUACGAGUGGUUAAGUCCUGGAGAGCUGGGGUAGGUAAAUCCUUGUACAAGACAAGGAAAGCAGCAGACCUGAAGGAACUGUAUCCAACCAGUAAAAGGACAACUGGAGCAGUAGUAUCUAUUCCCCUCCAUGAGAAGGAGAUUGAUGUGGAUACAAUCAUGGCCAGAUUACUAGAGUGUACACUGUCAGUGGGACAAGUAGAACCAAGAAUCUUCCACAUUGACAUUUCAUAUGAGGUGUAUAUAGGUGUGGAUGCCUUUUUGUUCCAAUUGCUGGUCCUGGGCUGUCUCAUUAACAGUGCUGGCUAUGUGUGGAUCAAGUCGCCUUGUGACCACUAUCUGGUGGAAGCCAUGCCUCUUCUCACCACAGAUAAUUCUAAACAGGUAUUAUCUUCAUUUAGAGGAGGAGAGCAGAUCUGUUUCCAUCGUUGUUUUGAGAUCCUUCCUGAUGUAACGUGUCGCUCUCCAGAAGAAAGCAUGUAUAUCCUACAGGGAAAGAAGCCACAUGAUUAUGCAGAUAGUGACUUACUGUUUGAUAAACAAGAGUUUGAAAGCUCUGUAUUCCAGCGGCCCUAUCAAUACCUGCGACGCCUAGAUGAAAGGAGAGGCCUUGCUGAUAUCAAUGCCUAUCAACCAGAGGGAAACCAGAUCAACUGUCUCCAAACAUUUCUAAGACACUGCGGAGUAAGGGAUCCGUCAUGGGCCGAGCUGAAACACUUUGUCUGUUUCCUCAACUCCCAGCUACAGGACUUUGAGGUUUCUGCCUUUUGCGGAGCUGCAGCCAAAGAAGACUUACCAGGAUUUGACAAAUUUGUAUUAAAAUUCCUCAUACAGAUGUCAAGGGACUUUGCCACUAGAUCACUGGUGAUGAGUGAAGAAUCCCCAAUCAAAAGAAUGCAGAGACUUGUGCUUCAUGAUGAAGAGACCGAAGGAGCUGUUGAGGAUAAUAUUAUAGAACAGUUCCAGAUGAGGAGGACGUGGGAAAGCAGUCCUCAUCCAUACCUUUUCUUUAACCCUGAUCAUCAUUCAAUGACAUUUGUGGGGUUCAAGAUCCAGAGAGCAACAGGUGACCUGAUGGAUCAACAAACUGAGACAGUUCUUGAGCCUCGCAUAAUGCAACGAGAGCUUCAGGACAGCCUCAUCAGAAACAAAGUCAACAUUGACGAAAACUUUGACAGACUUGAAAGACAUGAGAAGAUAUUAAAACUAUGCAGUGUGAUGGGAAUGGAUUUUCCACACGAUCCAGAUGACACCUAUGAAUUGACCACAGACAAUGUGAAGAAAAUCCUAGCCAUCUACAUGAGGUUUAAAUGUGAUAUCCCUGUCAUCAUCAUGGGAGAAACUGGAUGUGGCAAAACUCGACUGGUCAAGUUUAUGUGUGCUCUUCAGUGUCCCCCAGGAGUGAACCUAAAAAAUAUGAUCCUCAUGAAGGUCCAUGGUGGAACAAGAACAAAGGACAUCAUCAAGAAAGUAAAGGAAGCGGAAAAAAUUGCCAGAGAAAAUGCAGAUACAUAUGGGCACCACAUCCAAACUGUUCUCUUCUUUGAUGAAGCCAACACCACAGAAGCCAUUGGUCUUAUCAAAGAGAUCAUGUGUGACCGUACCAUCGGCGGAAAUCAACUAAAACUUUGCCGUAGUCUCAAGAUCAUAGCAGCAUGCAACCCCUACAGGAAACAUUCAGAAGAGCUGAUUAAACGCCUUGAGCAGGCAGGUCUGGGCUAUCAUGUAGAUGCUGAAAAAACCACAGAUAAGUUAGGGCGUGUACCUCUGCGUCGCCUUGUGUACCGAGUACAGCCUUUACCCCAGAGUCUAUUGCCCCUGGUGUGGGACUUUGGACAGUUAGACACUCGAAUUGAAGAGCUCUACAUCAGGCAGAUGGUUCUCAGAUAUAUCCGAGCUAACAAGCUGCCUCUCCUUGACAACCUGGAAAAUGUUGUCAGUAAGAUACUUACUGUUUCUCAGGACUUCAUGAGGCAACAGAAGGAUGAGUGUAGCUUUGUGAGUUUACGAGAUGUAGAGAGGGUACUAGAAGUAAUGAGUUGGUUCUACAACCAGAGUCAGACAAACUCUGUCCUUUUUAACUUAUUAGCUGAGGAGAAUUCAGAUGAUGAUGAUGAUGAUGAUGAGGAGGAGGAGGAGUUGAUGGAUGAGGAUGAAGGACAAAACAAUGCACAGGAUAUUACUGAAGUAGCCAUGUCACUGAUGCUAGCUUUAGGAGUAUGCUAUCAUGCCUGUCUGAAAAAACGGGAGGAAUACAGGAAAGCUGUCACACCACACUUUGUCCGGCCAUGCCACAUACCAGGUCCUGACCCGGCGCAAAGGAUGUUGGAGGAAAUAGAAAAGUGUCAGGAUGUUUUCUUGGAGAAUGUGCAACUUGGAAAGAAUAUAGCUCAUAAUCAGGCUCUGAAGGAAAAUGUGUUUAUGAUGGUAACUUGUAUAGAACUAAGAAUUCCCCUGUUCUUGGUCGGCAAACCAGGAAGUUCCAAGUCACUGGCUAAAACUGUUGUGAACAAUGCCAUGCAAGGACAUGCUGCACACUUUGAUCUCUUCCGUGGUUAUAAGGAGGUCCAGAUGAUGUCUUAUCAAUGCAGUCCAUUGUCAACUCCUGAUGGUAUUUCUGGAAUGUUUAGACAAUGUGCCCAGUUCCAGAAGGACAAGGACUUGACCAGAUUUGUAUCUGUUGUUGUCCUGGAUGAGGUUGGCUUAGCAGAAGAUUCGCCACGUAUGCCACUCAAGACAUUACAUCCACUUCUGGAGGACGGAUGUGAAGGGGAUGAGACACCAGAGCCUUAUAAAAAGGUAGCUUUCAUCGGUAUUUCUAACUGGGCUCUAGAUCCAGCCAAGAUGAACAGAGGAAUUUUAGUCCAGAGAGAAGUCCCUGAACUGGAGGAACUCACACUCAGUGCCAAAGGAAUUUGCCAAACCAGCAAAACUGUUUACAAAUUGAUAAAACCUCUUAUUCCUCAAAUGGCAGAAGCCUAUUUAGAGCUGUUCCAAAGUGCCUUAAAAAUGAGAGAGUUUUUUGGGCUGAGGGACUUUUACAGUCUUUUAAAAAUGGUGUAUGCCUUUGCUGACAAACAAAAGAAAAAGCCAAGUUGGCACCAGAUGCAGCAUGCCAUUAUGCGUAACUUUGGAGGAAUGGAUGAUAUCAACCCUGUUAAUGUGUUUGCCCAGGUUUUUACGACAGUCAACAUCACAGAAAAGCGAAAGCAUUUUGAUCCUGAUUGUUCACCAGCUGGUCUCAUCCAGGCCUGCCUUACAGGGGACACAAACGACAGGUAA